GUUCGUUUUAUGGACUUCUUUCAACUAAAUAGCUAGCUCAGGGUUUUGAGAGACCUCGAAACAGCAGAGAGCCUUCCGUACUAAUAUGGGAUGUGACAAAAUACACUGGAUCGCGGUCCAACAAUACGAAGUCUGCAGAUCGAGGUUCAGUUUGUGCAAAUGAUAUGCAUACGCAUACAUAUUCACUCCCAUUCGCAUUAAACGGACCAGAUUAUAAUGUACCAGAUACUCAAGCUACGUCAUCACUUGUUUCCAUAUAUUCUUCGGUUUCGGAAAAAGAAUGGAUAUCUAGUACAACUACAUGUGACAAACCUCUGUGUGACUUAGGCAUUCAAGAUACUUCAUCAUUUGCAUGGCUUUCUAAAAGUUCAUUUAUUGCCGGAAUGUCAGGAACUUACCUGAAAGUGUUCGAUUUAUCUGAUCCGUCAAAAGUUUGUCAAAUUACCACAACUAGGGCAGUCAAUGGUUUAACAGUUGAUCCUUUAUGCAGUAAACGUUUCGCUUCAUUCUGUGAGCGUCAGAUUUCUUUAUGGAGAUUGGAUAAUUUAGAAAAACCUGUUUAUACAUUUAUGGAGUCUGGUGAUGUUCAACAGAUCAAAUGGAGUCCUUUAAGUCGAUCAAAUGUUAACCUGGUAGCAUUCAGUUGGCAUCCAUCAAAUGUAAACAGUUUACUAACUUUGAAUCGUGAUGGCUGUUUAAAUGUAGUUGAACUUGUCGAACGUCCAGCCAUUGGAUGGUCAGCUAAUCAAACAUUAGUUUGGUCAUAUACUCGUAAUUGGACCGCAUUCGGUUUAACAGGAAUUGUUAGUAGUAAUCUGGAUGCACUAGUGGAAUUCUUACAUACAGUUGAUAAAAAUAAUCCAUCAGCACCUGUUAAUGACGUUAACACCACGUACAGUCUCCCAAAUGCACAAAAUCUUGUAAAAUGUCAGAAUACAAAAAACAAGGAUGAUCAGUGUGAUAACAAUCAGUGUCAUUAUGAAAAACAAACAGCACUUCUUGUUGAAUUGAAGCGCUGCAUGGAGUUGGACAUCGCGGUUAUUAUGCGAAAACGUGCUGAACUGGGUUAUGGACUCGAUAUUAAAGGUACUACUUAUGUUGAGAUUGUCAAAGACGAUGUACAACUUCGAACAAUGUGGACAUGGAUUAAAUAUAUUAAUGAUUAUAUGGACGAUUCGUUGAUUCGGCGACAUCUGGAUGUAGAUUCAUUACAACCAAACUAUACACCAAAUCAAAGAAACAGUACUGAUACUAAUCCUUCAAGACGUCGUGUACCUUUUAGAGGUUCAGGUGUUAUUUCACUUUUAUGCGAUAAUUUGUCAUCACCUGGUACUAAGUUGACAAGUGAAGUUUUAUUACAUGUUGAAUGGCAGGGAAUAGAUGCAAAACUACCAUUUUCACGAUAUCGGAGUCCUGAAAGAUCACGUGUUUUACGUUUUUGUAUGUGGCCACUUGAUGAUACAGAUGUUGUUCAGCGUUCUGUAUUCGAAAGUCUUUGCUCUGAAGGGCAAUAUGAACGAGCAGCUGCAAUGGCUUUAAUUAAUUUGAAAUUUGAUUGGGCGCUAAGCUUUUUAAAUCGAGCUUCAUCAGAUUCGGAUAUUGAUCUAGUAGCAUUGGCUUUAUCUGGUUAUACUGAUACGCGAAAUGAACUAUGGAGAACUACAUGUGCCAAUUUAAUAAAACACUUACAAAACCCUUACCUACGUGUUAUGUUUAUAUUCUUAAGUCGUCAAGAUGGCAAUUUUCAAUCAAUUUUGAAUGAUGAUGCUCUAUGUCUUAUUGAUCGAGUAGCAUUUGCCUGUUUGUAUCUAAAUGACGAUGAUCUGCUUGUCUUUUUACGCUUAACUUGUGAUUCAAUGGUUCAACGUGGACAGUUAGAAUCGAUUCUGCUUACUGGUCUAUGCUCCAAUGAUUUUAUCAAUCUAAUACAAAAUUACGUUGAUACAACUGGUGAUGUUCAAUCGGCUGCAAUUGUUGGUUUACAUGCUUGUCGUCUAUCAUUAACUGAUAACUCCUCAACGAUGAACAAUGACAAACGAACUGGUUUGAAUGAUAAUAGCAGUCAAGAUAAUCCACGUUAUUCACAAAUUGUGUUGAAUGGUGUACGAUCAUCUACUGCCGAUAAGAAAUCGUCUACAUCUUUAGGAGGAGGAUAUGAAAGCCGUGGUUGUUCGUCAGUUGGUGGAAAUAGUGAUCAACAACCUAUGAUUAUUAAACUUGGAGGUCUUAAAAUAGCUAAUUGGGUUCAGUGCUACCGUGACUUAUUAGAUCAGUGGCAAAUGUGGUUCUACCGAGCUGAUUUCGAUGUGACUUAUAAAUCACGUCUUUUAUCUGAUUAUUUAUUAUCUGCGAGCACUUCUCGAACUCAAAUGUUUAGUUCAUUGGUACUAUCAUCAAAGAAUGUUGAAGUUGAUUUCCCUGCUACUACUACUAUUGCUUCUGGAUGUGGUAGUAGUAGUACUACUACUAAUAACGCUGUUUCUACAACCAACAUUAAUUCCUCAUCAUGUGGUAAUAAAGUUCGAAAUAUUGGAUUUAUUGCUGGCACUAAUCAAGUAUUUGUUGCUUGCGGUUUCUGUGGUUGCCGUUUAGAACCUCAAAGUAACAAGUUGAACAUAUCCAAUUCAAGUUGUAUAAGUGGUGGUGGCAGUAGCAGUAGUAGUAGUGCCAUUAACAAUCAGUCCAUCACUGAUACACCAUGUUCCCCGACAACAACUACAACAACAACAGCAACAACUUCUAAUUUACAAAUGCAUGGAGGUGGUGGUAAACAGACAAUCUGUCAACAUUGUCGUAAACCAUUGCCUAGAUGCUCAAUAUGCUUAAUGCAUUUAGGUACAUCGAUUCCAUUGAAUGAAUGCAUGUCUGUUUCCAAUGCUAUAAAAGUUGCUAAAUCAAUUUUUCAACAAACAGCACUAACAUCAGUUGAUUUCAUGAAUGCAUUGCAAAUCAAUACCACGAAUUCGUCAAUACCAUUGCCAGAAAAUAGUGUUGUAAAUACAAAUAAUCAAAAAAAUCUAUAUUUAUCACCUGAAAAAUCAUCAGUACCGAAUUCCAUAUCUAUAGCUGAUUGGUUUGUUUGGUGUCAAGCUUGUAGGCAUGGUGGUCAUGCUAGUCAUUUGACAGAUUGGUUUUAUGGUGACUCAUUCGAUUUAGGCGAUAAUGGUUAUACGAAAGAAUGUCCAGUUAGUGGAUGUCAAUGUCAUUGUGCUGCAUUGGACGUUAAUCAAACACUAUCUCAAUUAAAUUAUUCUCAUUCAUCUAUAGACAGCCAUAGUCCAGAUUCAGAAGCAUCUAGUUCACUUGCUGAUAACGAACCAAUUGGAUGAUCAAUUGAAUUCAAUAUUAACAUACAAAUUCUCUGUAUUUCAUAACUUAUGGAAUUGUUCAUAAUCAUUGCCUUCAUUAUUUAUUGUUGCUUACCUUCUUCCUUAUUGCCUGAAAUGUACAUAAUCGAUGCACAGUUAUUUUUUAAUACGAUAAUUUUAAGUUUGUUUUAUGAAAUAUACCAUGUGUUUUCUUAACCAA